CUGUAGUACUUGUUGACAUUGAUAUAUUUUUUUUUUUUAAAGCAUGAGACCAAACCAGUGCAGAUGAUGUUCAAGAAAGCUAAAUUUAACAUGAGCUACAUAGUAGACUUUCAGACCAAAAUCCUUGACCUCCCUUAUGUUGAUAAUGAGACUAGUAUGAUCAUCCUGCUUCCUGAUAAAAUCCAAGAUAAUUCCACUGGCCUGGAACAGCUGGAAAGAGAACUUACCUAUGAGAAACUUACAGAGUGGAUAAAUCCAGAAAUGAUGGACGAUAGUGAAGUGGAGGUGUGUUUACCCAGAUUUAAGUUGGAGCAAGCUUAUGAUCUGAAGCCUGUUCUGAAGAGCAUGGGAAUGGCUGAUGCAUUUGACAGCAACAAGGUGGAUUUAUCUGGAAUGUCAGCCAGCAAUGACCUAGUUCUGUCUGAGGUUGUUCACAAGUCCUUUGUGGAGGUAAACGAAGAAGGCACGGAGGCAGCAGCUGCUACUGCAGCAGUGAUCACUAUGCGAUGUGCACUGAUUGUACCACGGUUCACUGCUGACCAUCCUUUCCUCUUUUUUAUCCGGCACAACAAAACUGGCAACAUUCUGUUCUAUGGCAGAUUUUGUUCCCCCUAAAAAGAAAAAAUGCAGCCAUUAACACAGUAAAGUUAUUUCCAUUUUACUAUCUUGGGAUUUUUUUUUGUACUCUAAGCAACAAGCUUUGUAUAGAUGCUGUACAUUACAUGGUGCAACCCUAAACACCCU